AAAAGUGAACAUACAAAAGAUUAAUCUGGAAGUUCUAGUGAUUCUAUAAAAAGGAAGCUAGCAUUUGAUGAUCAGAUACCAAAGAGAAACAAGUGCAAUGGUUACUUGCAUAAAUUCGACAAAACUAACAAUCUGGCUGGGUCUGUUUCUUUUAGGGACAGCCCAAGCACAGCUUUCAACCAAUUAUUACAGCAAAACAUGCCCGAGAGCUCUCUUCACGAUCAAAACUGCUGUGCAUAAAGCAGUUGCUGCAGAGCAUCGGAUGGGAGCAUCUUUACUUCGUCUCCACUUCCAUGACUGUUUUGUUAAUGGAUGUGAUGCAUCUGUUCUUCUAAACGACAGUUCAACGUUCACAGGAGAGCAAACUGCAGGUGGCAAUGCAGGAUCUCUGAGGGGAUUUACUGUGAUUGACGAUAUAAAAUCUCAGGUUGAGAGUGUUUGUCCUGGUGUUGUUUCUUGUGCUGAUAUCUUAGCUGUAGCUGCACGAGAUUCCGUUGCUUUACUGGGUGGUCCAACAUGGCCAGUGCAACUGGGAAGGAGAGAUUCAACAACAGCAAGUCUAAGCAUCGCGAAUUCUGACAUUCCAUCCCCAACAAUGGAUCUUAGUGGCCUUCUAUCUUCCUUCUCGAACAAAGGAUUGACGGCCAAAGAAAUGGUGGCUCUAGCAGGAGCACAUACAAUAGGGCAAGCCAGAUGUGUAGUGUUCCGCAACAGAGUUUAUAACGAGAGCAACAUCGAUGCAUCAUAUGUUAGUUCCGUGAAACCCAACUGCCCAAACAAUGGGGGUGAUAACAAUCUUACCCCGCUGGAUUCUAACACCCCUGUCAUCUUUGACAACGGGUAUUUCAAAGAUUUGGUGAGCAACAAAGGCCUGAUGCACUCUGAUCAACAGCUCUUCAAUGGUGGAUCCACUGAUUCUCAGGUCACAUCUUACAGCAAAAAUCCAACAUCUUUUCAUGCAGAUUUUGCUCAAGCUAUGGUGAAGAUGGGCAAUCUUAGUCCCCUUACCGGAACAAAGGGACAGAUCAGAACUAAUUGUUGGAAAACCAACUAAGUCAUUUUUGAUCUCUUAUACUAUCUACACUACACUUCACAACUGAUUGUGUAUGUAAGCUAGGUGAAGAAUCUAUAUGUAUUAAUUGGCAGUUGCUCUUGUAACUUGUAAGCAAUACCUGAAGCAUUCUGCCAAAUUAUUGCAAAACUAUGUUAUAUUUGGUAAUCCGUAUGUAAGGAAAAAAUACAGUCAAAUAAGAUCGUAAUACAAUGCAGUGUCUAGUUCUAAAA